AUGGUUUGUAUGAGUCUAGCUAUCUUAGCGAGCAAAGUCGAAUUUCUUGCUCUGAAACUCUUUGGUACCCAAGUGGAUUCAGAGGGUGACUUUCGGUAUAUCGAGCAAGCGAACGGAACGAAACUUCUCAUCAAAAAUGAAGUCGUUGCGCAAGGUGCCCAAGACGCAGGAAUUGUUGAAAUACUUGGUCCGACGUUGGGCCAGAUGCUCGAAGUGAGUCCCGCGCGAAAGGAGGAAAGAAAUCAAGGAAUUCUUAACACAAGAUUUGUGACAAUGCAUAUACCUGGCAAUGUCAACCAAGACGGUAUUCUCAACAUCAACCUCGGAGAAGCUGAAGCAUACCAGGUGAAAGAUAUGCUCUUUAAAACAUGA